GGGUUGUAAUAUUUCUCAUAGUUACUUCCCUUGAAAGCUCUUCUAUGCGUCGGGGUGUGCUGGAUUAUUUUUUAGAUUUUUCAAGAUUGUUAGGGUAUAGCAAAAAACAAAAAAAUCAGAAUAAAAUGACUCAAGAAUUCCUAAAAGCUGCUGAAGAAGCUAAGGCGUUAACAUCAAAGCCUACUGAUGACCAAUUGCUUGAACUCUAUUCUCUUUACAAACAGGCCACAGUUGGUGACGUUAAUACAGAACGACCGGGUAUGCUGGACUUUAAAGGCAAGGCUAAAUGGGAUGCAUGGGAGAAAAAAAAAGGUUUGGAAAAGUCUGCUGCUGAACAAAAAUAUAUUGAAUUGGUAGAGAAGCUUAAAGGAACAUGUUAAUAAUUUCUGAGUAUGACAUUCGACACACAAAUGACCAAUUAGCAAUCAUUUAAUCAUUUGAUUUCUAGAACCAUUUCCAAAGAGCAAGAUGCAGGAUUGACAAAAUACCAUAAACGUUUAUUUCUACAUACACACAGAGUACUGUACUAAGUGAUUUUGAUAUGGUUAAAUUUUUGGUGAUUUCACCUAAACAAAGUGGUUUUAUUUUGGUUUGUUUAACAUCUUAUCACUGAAGAACCUUUUUCAGUAUAUCCAUUAUACAUUCAAACAUGACUCAAUUUAAUUGCCAGUUAAACAAAUUUCAAGCUAUGUACAUUCUGCAAUAAACAACGAUUGACAUACAGACCAAAAUCAAAUUUGAAUAAUUGUGUGUAGUUGUUUUUCUUAGAUACUUUGUAGGCAAAAAUUCAAGUUUUAAAAUACUUCCAGUAAUACUUUAUAGUUAUCUAUUUCAAAUGUGAUCCUUAUUUUGCUAUUUAGAAAUAGUUCUUUGCACUAGAUAAUAGAGUAAUGAAAUUUACUUCAUUGUAUAUUUAUUGUUCUUUGAAGCAACUUAAUUCUUGUAACUUUUUAUUCUUAGAAUACUUAAAUGCAUUAAAAUGGCUUAUGCUGAACUUUUAGGAACAUUGAAUGCCUGAUGUCUGUCCAUUCUUUAAAGAAUAUCUCUGCAUAAAUGCAAAGCCAGUAUCAACCAAAACUUCACAGUAAAGUUCCGUAGGUGGUCCUCUGAAAUUCCUUUCAAAUCCAGGUCAUUCAUGCAAAAUUCUGGUUGUCGUGUCAUCCAAAAGGCAAAACUUGAAAAAUCUGCUCAGAAACCCCUGGCCGGAUUUCAAAUAAUUUCACGGCAAUGUUCCUUGGAUAACCCUCUACUAAGUUCCUUCAAGCCAUCUUGAUUUGUUAAAAAGCAUGGACCCAGCAGGCAGCACUAGUGUUCCAUAUGGCUGUGUGGAAAAAUGUCUACUUGGAAACUGCCAGCCUAAUUUUGGACUAUUUUGGUAAAGGCAAUUUUACUUGCUAGAGCUUUUUCACUUUUCAAUAUAAUUAUUCAGAUGUUUCACUUUUUUAUUUCACCAACUGUUGUCAUACAUGGUGGUUAUGAUUGUUAACAGAAGUUCAGGGAUAUACCAUUGUUAAACUUAUACAUUGAUGUCAUCAAAGAAUAUAAUUUUAUAUUUGAAUGAUGAAAACAAGUCAAAGUCUAUGUGUUCAGUAAAUGUACAAUUGUGCUUUUGUGUUUAAAAUUCUAAAAUAGCACAGUCUUUGGCUAAGAUGGGAACCAGAUAUCAAAAGCAUUGAUGGUUGUAUUAGCUAAACAAUAAAACAUUGUUUGGAAACUGUGAAAAAAAAAUCAGUAAACAUAAGUUACAGUUAUUUUGUUUGUCUGAAAUGUGAAAUAGAAAAAAAAUCAGAAAUACUUCAGUAUGAAGCUUUGAGUAAACUUCUAUUCACACUUGAUCUUUUCUUUCUGAGUGAUUUAUAAAAUGUUUUGCGGCGCUUUAUUUCUAUGCCUAAACUGUUUUAGAAUCCUGCUGAAAAUCAAUUUGUUAACCAAUUGCACUAAUCAUUUUAUUUUACACUACCUAUGAAGUAUUUGUAUCUUGUUUACAAUUGGAAAUGAUACAUGUACGAUUACAAGUUUUCUUUUUUUGAUAACGAGCAGAGUGUGUUUGCAUACCAACAUUUUAGAAUUUUGCCAUUAAUUGAUUGUUAAAAUAUUUUAAUAUUCAUAAUGGUAUAAAAUCAGACCUGUUUCUAUAAUAUCAUAUAAUUAAAAUACUUCAAAGUGUUGGACCAGAUAAAAGUUUUUUUCUGAUUAAAAUAAAUCAAGGUUUUGUUUUCGAAGUGCUGACAAAUACUACUGCAAACCAUUUGAUAACGUGACAAGAAGACGUUAUGGUUGUGCAUAUUAUUUAUGCAUGAUAAAUAUUAAUUAAAAUCCAUAUUUUAACUAGUAUUUUUUCAUUUCUUUGGUAUAUAUAUUUAUACAAGUUUUUAUACUGCUCAAUAUACAAUGUAAUGUCAUUGUAAUUUAUAGUGUGUUCUUGCUAUUUCACUUUUAAUCAUGGCAUUAGUGGAUCAAAUAAAGACUUUAUACAAACA